GUCGAAAAAUCCGCGGUCACACUGCAAUUUUAAAAAUAAACGGUACCAGUGCGCGUCGUCUGCAGAAUUUUUGUAAAAUUUGUCGUUUGUUUGCCAACCCAUUUGAUAAGUGUUCAAAGUUAUUCUAAGCAGAAAAUAAAAAAACAACAGCAUGACUUCCACCGAGCUAAAAAUUGGCAUGACCAGCAGCACUCGUCCCUCUAGCCGUGUGCUGAAGCCACCAGGUGGCGGACACACCAAUAUCUUCUCGGAGCCAGAAGUUGCCGUACCCGCCCCGCGUCCCAAAUACAAUCAGCAAAACUCUUCCAAUUUGAAUGCCUGCAUGGGCUCGACCGACCCCAACAAGGUGGUGGAGAAGUUACGCGACGAUGUAACCACUCCGAAGGAGGAAUCCAAGCCUGUGACCAACAAUCAGCCCAAGGAGUCGGACAACAAGCCGGCGGCCACGAAUGGCGAGGCGCGAGGACGAGUACCUCCCGGAGGAUUCUCGUCGGGCGGCUUCUGGUAGAAGAGAAGGCCCCAGACAAGCAUUUAAUGACUCAUGCAUCCUCAGCCACCCCCCGACAUACUACACAUACAAUCAUGAACUAAACAUAAACUUAUAAAUAUAAAUCGCUUAUCAACAUACGUAUACACCUCAACAUACCUACACUACCAUAAAUAUAUAUAUUAAAAGACGAACUAUCUUUAUUCAAAUACGGAUCUGCUGGAAAAUGGAAGCCGAAGAAAUCUAUUCAUACAUAGCUCUCAAAAAUCAACAUCCCUUCCCCCUACUGUGUUGCAUUUUCAUGUAUAUUAUUAUUAUUCUAAACGUCUAACGCAUUUGUUGAAAAGUUAAGUAACUCGUGAUUCCGCCCUAA